AGGCCCCAUCAGAGCUGAAGUGGACCAGAAAGAUAACUGAGUCCUCUUUCAAACGAUCCAGCUGUGUACACAAAAAGAACUGAGUCCUUUUUCUGUCGGUCCACUUUUUGGUCCACUUUAAGAGGACUGAGUUCGCUUUGUUUCAAAAGACUAUGUGUGAAAACACCCUUAGUUCACUAGACCAGAAUUCUUCCUAGAAAAGUUUUGCUGUCAUUCAGCUUCCUCCAGUGUGAAGUAAGUGGCAGCUUCCAAAGCUGUUAUAAAAGCAGGCUCCCCAGCACUGAGUGUAAACACCCUGAACUGUAUUUGUAUAAACAGUAACUCUGUGUUUCUUCCAGGAGCUCUUAGCCAGUGGGAAACACUUGAACCACUUGCACACGUCCACCAUACCAUGCAGUAGUGUUCGUCAGAACAAGUUAGGAGAAAGUGCAGAGUGUAGCAGGUCUAUUGUUGCAGUGUGGGUGCGGCCUAAUGGCGCAGGGCAGGGCAAGGUGCGCUUUUAUUACCUCUGACAACACCGUCACUCCUCAGCUGUCUGCCUUCCUGUGCGAGCCUCCUCUGGAUGCUGUCGGCCCACCCGCACCGUCUCACAAAAUGACGAGUCUGGAUCCGCUCAAAACGGUCAUUUCCAUCGGGAACGUGGACGACACGUCUCUGGCUCUGCCCUCUGGGAACCAGUACGGAUCAGGCCAGCAGCGCGUCCUGGAGCAAGUGCAGAGUAUCAGGAGGACCAAGUCGAGACAGUCCAGCAGCAGCAGGACUGGAUCUACGUCUUUAUCUCCAACAUCUCCACGCACGUACCCCAUAGCUCCUUCAUACGACUCCGUGUUCAUUGAAACUCCAAAGUCACAGUCCAGCAUAUCUAAUGGAGGCGUCUUCUUCGGGAACGGCUUCGCUAGAACUCUCCACUUUGAGAAAAACAACCGGCAUCUAGUCAACAACUACGUGGGAUCCACUGUGAAGAGGAACAAGGGAGCUUCUACCUAUCAGUAUGAGAGGGGUUACGCCCCCCUGGGCUCCAAGGCAGUCGGUCCAAACAAUACCAGCCGCAGCGAGCCGGAUAUGGCCUGGCAGCGCUCCAUGCCAAAACGCUCUGCUCCUCCGCAGGGAUUCCUCGCCAACAGGAACACCUACAGAGUGGAGAGGACCAAAAGUCAGUUGAUAACAAGCACUGCACACCAGCCCCUGCCUCAGCUUCAGCGUAACCACACUGUGAAUGGCACAGGUCAGGCCAGAACAAAAAGCCAGUUUGUGUGCAGCCAAGCUGAGGUGACCAAAACACUGUCGAAGUCUCCUGCUGUUACUGAGAGCGCUCCGAAGAGCAAAGGAGAUUUUGGGUCAAAUGACAACAGUGGAUUUGCUGACAUCACCAUGAAGGAGGCUGUGGAUUAUCUCUCCAACGAUGAUGAGACAUACCAGCACUGCGGCGCGUCCUACAUACAGCACAACACUUUCAUUGACGACAAGGCCAAAGAGGAGGUGUUGAAGUUAAAUGGGAUCCAACCAUUGGUGGGUCUGCUGCGCAGCCCCAGUCAGCAAGUCAGCCAGACAGCUUCAGCUGCCCUGCGUAACCUGUCCUUUAAAAGCAACAGUAACAAGGAGGAGAUACAUCGCUGUGGCGGUGUCACGGACGCUGUGGCUCUGCUCAGAGAUACAGACUCUGCGGAGAUACAGAAACAGCUGACAGGGCUUCUGUGGAAUUUGUCCUCUGCAGACAGUCUGAAACCAGACCUGCUGAAGAGUGCUCUGCCUGUCUUAAUGGAGCGUGUGAUCCUGCCUUACACAGCAGGUCCUGACCGGACCAGCAAGAUCAGCCAAGACCCUGAGGUCUUCUUCAACGCCACGGGAUUGCUACGAAACCUAAGCAGCACGAAGCAAAGCAACAGACAGGCGAUGAGGAAAUGUCGAGGUCUGGUCGACUCUUUGGUCAGUUACGUUAAAGACUGCGUGGAUGCAGGAAAGCCAGACGAUAAGUCUGUAGAAAACUGUGUGUGCGUCCUGCACAACCUGACGUUCCAGCUGGAGGACGAGGCUCCGGCUCUCUUCAACAGGAUCACAGCUUUGGCCAAGACUGUCAACAGGACCCCCAGCCAGGGCGACAUCGGCCCCAUCGGCUGCUUCAGUCCACAGGGCAAAGCGUCAGAUAACAUGCAACACUUUGACUUUCCAGUCGUUGAGGAUCCACAACCUACUGGGGCCGGUCAGCUGAUCCACUCCAAAACUCUGCAGAAUUACCUGUCUUUGCUCGCCACUAGCCAGCGAGAAGAAACACAGGAAGCGUGUUGUGGAGCCCUGCAGAACCUCACAGCACAUGACAGCAUUGUCUCUGGUGUAAUGAGUCAGAAUAUUGUGCAGAAGCUGAAUGGCCUGCAAGUGAUCACUCCACUUAUAAAAUCAGACAAAGUGAACGUGCAAAGGAACGUAGUGGCGUUGGUAGGAAACCUGACGAGAAACCCGAACCUGCAUAAUGCCAUCGCUCGUAAAGCCCUCCCAGAGCUGCUGGACAUCCUCACUGUAGGCACUAAGGGAGGGAAUGAGUCUGAUGACACACUGGCCAUGGCCUGUCAGACCUCCAACUGCCUGCUCAUGAAGGAACAAGCGAUGGGCAAAUUCCUCGUAAAAUAUGAUCUGAUAAAGUCCCUGAAAGAGCUUAGCCAGAACGGAUAUUUCCCCAAAUCCAGCAAAGCUGCGGCGCAGCUCCUCUACAAUCUGUGGUCAGACAAAGAGAUUCAAACCUUCCUGAAAAAGAAAGGGAUGAACAAGGCCUCGUUUGUGAAUGACGUCACCACAGCGGCACACAAGUCGGCUCAAGUUGUCGAUUAAGGACACAGCUUAGAUGAAUCUCUGUGAAUUAUUUAGCAACUCACCUGCACGUCCUCUCCACGUCCACUGAGGCUGAGCAGCAUCCUUUCUCAUUUCACAAAGACUUACAGAUUGUUUUAAUACGUGUAUCCAUAUAAUGUUUCCAUCAACUUACAGUGGCCCUGUGUGUGCUGUAAGGUUUUCUUUGUAGGAACAAAAAGGUGAAGGUUAAGAUGUAACACGUUAGCAAGCAGCUGUCAUUGUUUACUUCUCUAGUUUUAACUGCUUUUAAAUGUCUUUUAAAGGGACAGUUCACCCCCACAUCAAAAAUGUUUCCUCUUAGCUGUCAUGUUAUUUAGCAAGCUAGAUUGUUUUGGUGUGAGUUGCAGAGUUUAUCGGCCGUAGAGAUGUCGGCCUUCUCUUAAAUAUAACAGAACUAGAUGUCACUCAGCUUGUGGUGCUCAAAGCGCCAAAAAAAUACAUGUGAAAAACUCAACAGCAAUGUCUCUUUCAAGAAAUCAUGACCUGGUUACUGAAGAUGAUCCACAGACCUUGUUGUGAGCAUAGACUGUAUAAAGUAAUGGAUGUAGCAACAGUGAUGUCACCCAUUUUUUUGUGGACUCCCAUUUUGAAGCCUUAGCUUUGGGAUUUUGGCCAGUGCCAUUUUGGAAGCCAGAAGUGACCAUAUUUGAACAAGAGGGUGGAGCUGUGGAUGGACGAGGGGUGGAUCUGACUCAAAGACUAUAACGACAUCUUGCAGACAGCCCUGCCCUUAAAUAUAUGUAGCUUAAAGCCUGUGUUUUUGUAUAUAUAAUGUAUAAGUAAUAUCCAUCAGUAUAUCAAUAUCAUAAAUUUUUACUUCCUAAUAGCCCCUGAUAUCCAGUAUUGGUCAGGCUGUAAUCUCUGACGCUGACAACCACCACUAACACCUUUUAAAAGAGUUAUAACAUUUGACAUAGGUGUCCAUAGACUGUAAGAAAAAACGGAUGUAGCUACCCCAGUGUCACCGAUAGGUUUGUGGACUGCUGUUUUGAAGCCUAGAGUUCGGCAUUUCAGCCGUUGCCAUCUUGUUUUUUUGGAGACAGAAGACAGAUGGACUAUAUCUGACUCGAGUUAGGGGUGGGUGUGACUCAGAAGUCAGAUAUAGUCCGUCUGUCUUCUGUCUCCAAAAAAACAAGAUGGCAACGGCUAGAAGAAGAAGAAGCCCGUCCUUUAUUAAGGCUUAACUUUAAGCCUUAAUAAAAUGUAAAUAGGUGAGUUAUAACAAAUUUCACCCUCCGUACAGUUGUCAUGAAUGUUGAAAUUAGCUAUAGAGACCGAAACUGUUUUUUUACCAGGGCGUAAACAUGUUUAUUUCUGCUGUAGAGUUGGGCAUGGGUAGGUUUUCAACAUGGGGGUGUAUGGGAAUUGAGUGGCUUGUGGAGCCAGCCUCUAGUGGCCAUUAGAGGAACUGCAUUGUUUUGACACUCAAGUGCUGGCUUCAUUUUUCAGCCCCAGAUGCUGACCUUUAUUUGUGAGCAGUUUAAUGUAGUAACUUUUUUCUUCCUACCAAACUACACCCACUAACUGUAUCACAUUACAAAAAGAAGCGUGCAUCUACUGCUAGCUCACCUAGCGCUGCUGAGCUAGCCAAUGUUACACCUCAGCAGAGGAGGACGCCGUCAAUAUUUACAAGUCACGCUGUCAUGAUCAUGAGUGUCUUAUCGAUGAGUAGAUGCACGCUUCCUUCUGCAGAGUGAUACAGCUGGUGGGUGUAGUUUGGUAUAGAGAAUAGUUCCUACAUGAAGCUGCUCACAAUAAGGUCUGUGAAAUAUCUUGAUAAACUGGGUCAUGAUUUCUGGAAAGAGACAUUUGUUUUGACAUUUUGAGCACCACAAGCCGAGUGCCAUCUGAAUCAAAUCAAAUCAAACUUUAUUUACAUAGCACAUUUUAUACAGUCAUACAGCUCAAAGUGCUUCACAGAGCAGGAGUAAAACAGUACAGAAGAAGUAACAACUGAAUAGCUAGACAUUACAACAAUAAAUGAUAAAAUAUUUAAAAUAAAUAACAUUUAAAAGACAAAAUUAAUACAACAAAAGAGUAGAAAAGACGAGACUUAAAACGGAGGCAAUGAAAGAUGAAGCACAAGUGAAAGCCAGUUCCGUUUUAUUCGAGAGAAGGCUGACGUCUCAAUGUCCGAUAUUUACAAUACUCUGCAACUCACACCAAAACAAUGUAGCUUGAUAAAUAGCGCUACAGGUAAGAGGAAAAAUAAGUAGUUUUUGAUUUUGGGGUGAACUGUCCCUUUAAUGUAAAUAUUGUGUCUGCUACCAUGAGCUUGAUUUGUUAGAUUGUAACACAAAGGGUUAAGAUUUUUAUUUUGCACUGACAUUGCUGUUUUGAUACAUAAAGCUAUGUUAAAAAAAUAAUUUUGAUGUUGUAAAAUGAACCAGGUUUUCUGUUGGAUUUUAAAAGGUUUGGUACAAAAGCAGUGACGUGUGUUUACAUUUCGUAAAGACAACUUUUGUUGGUUAGUGUAUCCAUCUUUUUAAAAAUGUACGUGUGUGCGUGAUGUUGAGAUAUUUGUAUUGUCCCAAAAAAUGUUUAAAAUAAAGUUUACAGAGAUCUA